AAUCUGUGGCCUAAAUUCUAAUGAAAUCAGCUUAGAAUUGCAUAUUACGUCCUUCAUCCAGAGAGGUAGACCUUGUAUCUUGAGCCACUUUUUCAGGACGUCAGGUGGAAAGAUGGCUGUUGAGCGCGUUCAAGACAAGAUCCCACUCAUUUCUCCCGAGGGCCAGAAAAUGCUGGGUGAGGCAUCCGCCAAACAGACCUUACUCCUACGCCUCUUCAAAGAACAAGAGAACAAUACAUUCUGCGGCAUCCAUUCAUCUGCGCUUGUCAUGAGCGCGAAGCACCUCGGACAACAGUUCGCAGACCCCUCGGAGCACCUGAAGUGCCCCGUUGACGACGUCCCUUACACCGAGAGUAACCUGUUCACCUUCAAGGAGACGAAGGCUGCCCUCGACUAUGCAUCUUGCGAUACAAAUGGCGCUACGAUGGAUGAGAUUUACAACCUUCUAUGCGCACAUGGGUUAACGAUUAAGAAGGUCCAUGUCGAUGAAAGCAGCGUCAAAGAAUUCCGGACUCUUGCGUCAGAGGCUCUGUCACAGGUAGGUUCGGAGAAGGGUGUCAUUGUCAACUACGAUGAGUAUGAUCUGGGUCAAGAUGAGCAUGUCCAUGGGCACUUCAGUGUGUUAGCUGCGUACCAUGAGACAACGGAUCGUUUUUUGUUACUAGACACUUGGUUCAACACGGUCGACUGCUGGGUCAAUGCGGGGGAUCUCUUCCGUUGUAUGAAUACCUUUGAUAAAGAUGCCAAUAAAUAUCGAGGUUUUAUGAUUGUGGGUUGAUCUUCGCAACAUUUCCAACAAACAAUUGGUGAUCAUGAAGUCUAGGCCUGCUGCUAAUGUUGAGUUUGGGGGUUACCCAGUAAAAUAUCUUACCACUAACGUGGCUAAGAGAAAUUUGACACCAGCCUUGACUUCCUUAUCACAUAUAUCCAUAACAUUUACUUUCCACCAUUUUCCAGUGUGACAAUGAAUUUUAUCCAUAUGUUAUAUAUAUAUUAAUGAGAGAAAAUACUAUUUGAAAAUUUAACAAUCAAUUAUUGAUAUUCAAAACAAAGCAAUUCAUUUAAUCGCACAAAAUGAAAAACUAAAGUUUGCCCUGGUAAUAACUGGAUAUUAGAGGCAGAAAUAUACAGUCAUAAAUGUUUAGGAAAGAAACAAAAAAGUAUAUGCCACAUAAAUAAGAGUAAGAAAUGUUUAGGAAAAAGAAAAAAAUUAAAUGAAGUAUGAAUUUUAUUUGCUUCAUUAACUUUGUAAAAUGCCAGAUUGCCAUUGAUACUGUUAUGUCGGGGCUUCCUACUUAGUCUAAUUAUUUAUAUAGCCAUUAUUCCUGAUAAGGAAUGAUGAUUGCUAGUUGUAGUGGGAGAAGAUUUGCUUUUGUUCAUAAACAAGUAAUGGUCACUAACCAUAACAAGCACAGAUGGCUAGUCCUCAAGGUGUGAGAAAAAAGCUGCUAGUCAGACAAGUUAUUAUUUUAUCGUGCAUAAACCCUGUAGUAAGAAUUUUAUUUGAUUAUUACUAGCAACCCUCUUUGACUCAAAGUGACUCUUUUUAUCCAAAUGAAUAGCAGCCCUAUAUUAGUUGAUUAUGAUAGCGAGUCGCGACCUUAUAAAUAAUGACACUUUUCCCAAGUUUUGAAUCCACAAAGACCCUGUGAUUAGCAAAAUCCCUAUUCCUUGUUAUGCCCAGUGACCUGUUACUGACAAAAAAGCAACCGUUGUGAAUAUGCCUUCUGCUACUAUGGCAGAGGCCCUAUAAACUUAGGCAUUUAUUACUAGCAGUCCUUAUGACUAACACGUUACCGGACAUGGUGGCUCAGUGAUAGAGCGCCCGCUUCAUGACUGGAAGGUCAUGGGUUCGAUCCCUGGCCGAGUCAUGCAUUCAAUUUCAAAAUGGGACUUUCUGCCUUGUCAGGUGCUCAACGUAUGAAAGUGCAGAAGGGAAAAAUAACAUGUUAUGUAAUGCAGGGCCUGCUGGAAGAACAGCUUACAGCUGAGAGUGGCUACCCUGGGUAAAUAAGAAUUAUUAAUAGGCCUAUUAUUAUUAUUUUAUUGAUAUCAUUGUGUGUUGUGAGUUUGUAUCAAGAUUAGUUUUUUGCAAAUUUAUCUGAUCAUUUCAUCACUGUCUAAUCAAAGUAUUUUAAAACCACUUGUUUGAGUGCAAUUAUAGUAUACCUUCCAAAAGCUGAAAUACUGAGUCGUACAAAAUUAAUUCAUGUGGGAGAAGCACUCGUUUCAACAAAAAUAGAGACAUUUCUUUUCAUUCCAUUCACUCAUUCAUUAUAAUUCUAUACAUCUUUGUAAUGUAGAUUUUCAAAAGGACCAAAUAUUUUGAAGCCAAAACAUUAUGCUCAUCAUAUUCCAGAAUAUUUGCACCACUAAAUGAAUGUGCUUCUUGACCACAUUGUGAUUGGGAUGGAUGCGCUAAGGGUCAGAGUAUUUAAACCAGUCCAGAACAAAAUGACUAUAUUGUGGGUUUGCCCAGUGACAUUUGAUAUGAAAACCUGAAAAUCAUACAAGAUUCAUCA